CAGUACCCGAUCGUAUCUUCAGUGGUACCAGUACCACGACUUGAACCGUAUCGUAGUUGCGUGCAAUCGUUGUCCGAGCGGGGUCAUUAUCAUCAGAUUAGGACAAAUAAUAAUUAUAAAGGAUGACAAACGAAAACAGUAAAAUCGCAAAAUGGUAUUCGGGCCGCAGCAUUUUUGUGACCGGAGGCAGCGGCUUCAUGGGCAAAGUGAUGCUGGAAAAAUUACUAUACACAUGUGACGGCAUCAGUACGAUUUACAUACUUUUGCGAAGCAAACGAGGCAGAUCACCGCAGCAAAGAAUCGACGAUAUGUGGAAAUUACCAUUAUUUGAUCGUCUCCGUAAAAAAGACCCAAAAGCAAUCGAAAAGAUCAUACCCUUACCAGGUGACUUAUACACCGAAGGCUUAGGAUUAACCACCUCUGAUCUUGAUCUCAUCAUAAACAACGUUUCCAUUGUAUUCCACAUGGCGGCCACAUUGAAACUGGAAGCCACCCUGAGAGACGCAAUCGAACAAAACACCGCCGGUACUGCUACAGUACUAGACGUGGCCAAAAAAAUCAAAAACUUGGUCGCGUUUUGUCAUUUUAGUACUGCCUAUUGUUCGGCCGACAUUGAAGUGUUUGAGGAAAAGGUGUACGAGUGCAAGGAUAAUGCUAGAAAUGUCAUUGAUGUAGUCAGAUGGAUGAAACCUGAAGCUUUGGAAAUUGCCACCAAAAAAAUUAUUGAGCCGCACCCCAACACAUAUACUUACAGCAAAAGACUGGCUGAAUCUUUAGUUGCAAGUGAAAAAGAUAACAUACCUGUUUGCAUAAUAAGGCCAUCAGUUGUGUGUCCAGCAGGACUGGAACCAGUCCCUGGAUGGGUGGACAGUUUAAAUGGACCAAUGGGACUGCUAGUAGCUGCAGGCAAAGGCGUGCUUAGAUCAAUGCAUUGUCUUGCAUCAAACAAAGCUCAAGUUAUACCAGUCGAUUAUGCCAUUAAUGCUAGUAUUGUGAUUGCUUAUAAAUUAGGAAACAGAAAACAAGAUUCAGAUGUGCCAGUUUAUAAUCUGACCCAAGACGGCGUAAUCAACAUGACAAUGGGCGAAGUUUUGGAUAAAGGCCGAGCCAUAGUGCACAGGAACCCGUUUGAAAUGCAAGUUUGGUACCCAGACGGUGACAUAAGAUCUUCUUUAUUUAUGCACACUAUAUGUUGCAUUUUUAUGCAUUGGCUGCCUGCUUUGUUGAUUGACUUCAUUAUGUUGCUUAUAAGGCAAAAAAGAUUCAUGAUCCACAUUCAAAAAAAAAUCCACCAUGGCUUGGAGCUGCUUCAGUUUUUCACUGUGAGAGAAUGGAGGUUUUCCAAUGGAAAAUUUCUUGCUUUGUGGGACGAGAUGGACGAAGUUGAUCGCAAAGCUUUUCCAAUGGAUUUCCAUGCGAUACCUAUAGACCAGUAUUUGGAACAGUGCGUUUUAGGUGCCAGGCAGUACUGUAUGAAAGAGCCUCUAUCUUCAUUGCCUAGAUGCCGGGCACAACAGAAAGUGUUGUAUGUCGUCCAUAAGCUAUUUGUAUUUUCCAUGUACUAUUACUUAUUCUAUUUGCUGAGUUGUUGGUUGCCUCCAGUAAAAGCCCUCUAUGAUGUUUUGUGGAAAGGUAUUGCCCUUAUACCAGGGAUUGGUUUAUUGGUGUCUCAAUAAUAAUAAUCAAAAUGUGAUGAGGCAAUAAUAAGAGGGACAUAACAAGUAUUAUAUUUAAAAAAAAAAAAAACGAUAUUAUUUUAGUUUUAUAAAAUACAAUGUAUAGUAAUAAAUAAAUCACUGAGGCAUAAAAAUCGUCCUCAAACAAGCUAUUACCUGUUUCUCUUCAGUACCGAUAUCACUCCUAGAGUCCAAAUUAGCCAAAGCGCAUGCGGCAGAAGAAAGUUCAGUCGAUUUUUCCGGCACCAGUCUUUCUAAAACUUUACUCAUGUGAAUAUUAAAACUAUCAAAGUAAAGAUUUAAAGUGGAUUCCAAUUGAAGCAGAUCUUGUUUCGUUAAAAGGCUGGUCAAAUGUCCGAGGCACAGGCAAAUUUGUUCCACCAAAUGAUCUCGAUGAUUGUAUUCCACGAAAUCGUCGACGUUUUGUGAGUUUUGUAAGGCUUGCAACAUGGAAGUCCAAAGGGGAAUGAAAUGAAUGCCAUAAUGCUCUCUGGCUGUGGGGGCUGAUAGAGCUAAGGCAGCAUUAAUGCGAAC